AUGGCACCGAGGGAAACAAUGCAUCUUGAUAGAAGACACUGGCAGGCGAUCUCACUUGAUAUCGAACGUACGCGUAAGCCUUUUUGCAUCCUCCUCGUCCGAGAGCGCCAGACAACCUUCCUCCAAGGCGGAACCCCGCUCUCUUUCUCACUCUCGAAACCUGCUCCAACCUCCCCGCAACCCGCUGAUCAACUCGAGUUCACAAUCAACAAGCGACCCCGGAAUCCGGGCUCGUUGACGGCUCUGGCGUCGCCGCUGCUCGAAUCGAGGCAAAAUGGCAUUGAUCAGACGACGUACGAUAACCUGUUACGACACACGAAGUACUCGUCUGCGGUUUACCAGUGGAUAUGCCCUAGGCCUCUCGGAAAUACGUUGGUGGACAAGUUCGACAAGUCCGGCACUCAAGGAUUCGUGAUUCGAGAUGAUAGUCGGAAAGAAAUCAUCGUCUCCUUCCGGGGGACAUUCGAACUGAAGGACGCCUUCGUUGAUCUGCAGAUCAUCAUGAGGCCUCUCGUUUCAACCGGUCUCACAAGUGUCGGGGAUUCCUACGUCCACACGGGUUUCUUAUACGCGUACAACGUUGUCGCUUCCGACGUCCUGAGGAUCAUCAAAGACCAAGCGGCGAAGUAUCCCUCGUAUACAAUCAUCUCCACAGGACACUCGCUCGGAGGCGCCGUGGCGUCGCUCGCGGCCAUCUCGAUCAAAUCAGCGCUGCCAAACGCGAAUCUCAGGCUGUACACAUUUGGUCAGCCGCGCGUGGGUAACGCCGCAUUUGCCUCUUAUGUCGAGAGCAAGAUCGGCACCGCUAACAUCUUCCGGGCUGUCCACACUUAUGAUGGCGUCCCGACAAUCCUGUUCAAGGCUCUUGGCUACCGUCAUUUCGGCACCGAGUACUGGCAUUUCAAUGACCCAGCUAGGCCUGCCAACGUCAAGAAGUGCACUGGUGGUGAUGAUCCCACCUGCAGCGACUCCAUCCCCUCGACGUUCAUCAAUCCAGCUCAUAUCACUUACUUCGGACAACUGAUCGCACUGAAUCCACUUCUCUGCAUCUGA